GAUUUUGCAGAAAACUCUGUCUUGAUUUCUGGAAACUGGUGCAAGGUUUUAGUUUUCUUCUAUAUAAAAAAAAAAUCUUCUUAUUACGUCAAUUGUUAAAAGAUUGCCAUCUCUUCACAUGCAUUCCAUUUACUCUGUUACCCCAAAAAAAAAUAAAGUUUAAGGCAAUGACUUUUUGCGUUCACAUCGAUGAUUCUAGUGUGUUUAAUGCAUCAGUUAGUCAGUGACCAUCAGCUGAUGCAAUGGUGAAAAAGGGUUUGGUCACAAUUAACACACAGCUCUGUAGUAACUGUAACGGUUAGCUUCUUCAUUUUCACGAGCUUUGUUUCUAUGGUAGUCACGUUUUAAUUCAUGGGAAGGAUUUGUUUGGAUUCAAGAUGCCACUGACCUAUCUUCUCUUAUUUAUUCUUGCAAAUUCUCAUCAUAUGAUUAAUCAUCACAGAAACAUAAUUAAACUUUUUUGUAUAACCAGAAUGUCUUCAGUAAUGAUGUGUUGUUGUUUGCUUCUCUUGUUUGGUUUGUUGUCUGAAGGUAGAGAGAUUCUGGUGGGAGGCAAAUCUAACACAUGGAAGGCUCCAGAAUCUAGAGAUGAAACACUAAACCAAUGGUCAGGCAGAACAAGAUUCAAAAUUGGAGAUUCUCUCUUGUGGAAAUACAAUGCGGAGAAUGAUUCAGUGUUGCAAGUGAGACAAACAGAUUACGAGAGAUGUGACAGAUCAGAGCCAAUAAGAGGAUACAAAGAUGGUCACACGAAUAUAGAGCUGAAGAGGUCAGGUCCUUUUUACUUCAUAAGUGGAGAAGAAGGACAUUGCCAAAGAGGAGAGAAGCUUCGUGUUGUUGUCUUGUCUCCAAAUCACAACAGAAGCGUUGUUGAUGCUCCUGCUCCUGUAAACAUUGUCUUGUCUCCAAAUUACAACAGAAGCGUUGCUGCUGCUCCUUUAAACGCUCAUAUCAUGAACAAGGGAAGCCUGAACACAGCAUGGAGUUUGCUUCUUCUUCUUCCAUUAGGCCUUUUGGUUUAGUCUUGUGAAUUACCUCUAGCCAAUUCGGUUCGAUUUCGGUUUGUAUUUUCCGGUUUACUUGUUACUUUGGCUUGUGAUUUAGUCUUGUUUCUUAGCCAAUUCGGUUCGAUUUCGGUUUGUAAGUUUACUUGUUUCUUUGCA